AUGAAACAACAACUUAAUGUUGCUUUAUUAGUAGCAGAUACAUCCAUACCUAAAGUAUUGGAAAAUUAUAGAGAUUAUUAUGUACAAUUUACAAAAUUUUUGAAUAAAAAUGAACAUUAUUUAAUAAAUUUGAUGUUGUGUUCCUUUUCUGUUUACAAAGAUGUUCCUUGGAUUCAUAAACUUGACAAUUUCAUUUCUUUAAUUUAUAAUAGUUAUUGUAAAGUUAAAUUAGUUAGAAUUUGUUUUGGUCAUCAGAUUAUUGCUAAAGCUUUAGGCGGAAAAACUCUAAAAAAUCAAUUGGGAUGGGAGGUUACUGUCACUAAUAAAACUAAUAAAAAAGUUUUGAUGUAUCAAAUACAAGGAAUGUUUAAAGAAGAACAUGUCUUGACUGUUCAAGCUCAUCCUGAAUUUGUUAGUGGAAAAGGUGAAGGAAAUAAUUAA